GGCUUGCGCCGCUUCCUGCAGGAGCCGAGCCGUGGGAGCCGCUGGGAGCGGCGGGAGCCCCGCAGAGACCCCGGCCCGGCCCCGCGCUGGCCCAGAAGGCCGCGCCCGCCUCGCCGCUGAGGAUGUCCCGGAAGGGGCCGCGGACGGAGGUGUGCGCGGACUGCGGCGCCCCAGACCCCGGCUGGGCCUCCAUUAACCGCGGCGUGCUGAUCUGCGACGAAUGCUGCAGCGUCCACCGCAGCCUGGGCCGGCACAUCUCCAUCGUCAAGCACCUGCGCCACAGCCCCUGGCCCUCCCCGCUGCUGCAGAUGGUGCACACUCUGGCCAGCAAUGGUGCCAACUCCAUCUGGGAGCACUCGCUGCUGGACCCGGCGCAGGUGCAGAGCGGGCGGCGCAAGGCCAAUCCUCAGGACAAAGUGCACCCCACCAAGUCCGAGUUCAUCCGCGCCAAGUACCAGAUGCUGGCCUUCGUGCACAAGCUGCCCUGCCGUGAUGACGAUGGCGUCACCGCCAAGGACCUCAGCAAGCAACUGCACUCCAGCGUGCGAACGGGGAACCUGGAGACCUGCCUGCGCCUGCUCUCGCUGGGCGCCCAGCCUAGCUUCUUCCACCCGGAGAAGGGCACCACCCCACUACAUGUUGCUGCCAAGGCUGGACAGAUCCUGCAGGCUGAGCUGCUGGUGGUGUACGGUGCUGACCCCGGGGCGCCCGAUGUGAACGGCAGGACCCCCAUCGACUACGCCCGGCAAGCGGCCCAACACGACCUCGCGGACCGGCUGGUGGAGUGUCAGUACGAGCUGACGGACCGGCUGGCCUUCUACCUGUGCGGCCGCAAGCCGGACCACAAGAACGGGCACUACAUCAUCCCGCAGAUGGCAGACAGGGCGCGCCCAAAGGGCACGGCGCAGAGCCUGGACCUGUCUGAGCUGGCGAAAGUGGCGAAGAAGAAGUUACAGGCGCUCAGCAACCGCCUCUUUGAGGAGCUGGCCAUGGACGUGUACGAUGAGGUGGACCGCAGGGAGAAUGACGCCGUCUGGCUCACGACGCAGAAUCACAGCACACUGGUGACGGAGCGCAGCGCUGUGCCCUUCCUGCCCGUCAACCCCGAGUACUCGGCCACGCGAAACCAGGGGCGGCAGAAGCUAGCCCGGUUCAACGCCAGGGAGUUCGCCACCCUCAUCAUCGACAUCCUCAGCGAGGCCAAGCGACGGCAGCAGGGCAAGAGCCUGGGGAGCCCCACAGACACUGUCGACUACCCGGUGCGGAGCCACAGUGACCCGGACGACCAGCACGACUACGACAGCGUCGCCUCCGACGAGGACACGGACCAGGAGCCUCUGCGCAGCGCCGCCCGCAACAACCGCGCCCGGAGCAUGGACUCCUCGGAGCUGUCGGACGGGCCCAUCACGCUGCAGGAGUACCUGGAGGUGAAGAAGGCGCUGGCCGCCUCCGAGGCCAAGGUGCAGCAGCUGAUGAAGGUGAACAACAGCCUGAGCGACGAGCUGCGUCGGCUGCAGCGUGAGAUCCACAAACUGCAGGCGGAGAACUCGCAGAUGCGGCAGCAGCCGGGCCCCGGGCAUGCGGUGCCAGCCCCCAGCGAGCGCUCGGAGCACGGGCAUGGCGUGGCCACGGCAGCAGCUCACCGGCGCGACCGCCAGGCCUUCUCCAUGUAUGAACCGGGCUCUGCCCUCAAGCCCUUCGGGCAGCCUGUGGACGAGCUGGUCGGCCGCCUGCAGCCCUUCCACUCCAGCGAGGUGGAGGAUGAAGCGGUGUACUCCACGCACAUCCCGGCCAGCGGGUACCGGAUCCGGAAGGGGGUGUCUGCCUCCUCGGUGCCCUUCCCCCCCUCCUCCCCGCUGCUCUCCGGCGUGCAGGAUGGCGCCCGCCACAUGACCAGCAAGCUGGACCGGCACGGCAGCGGGACUGACAGCGACUAUGACAACACACAGGCUGGCGAGACACUGCUCAGCAUGGACGGGAAGCGGUUCCUGGACCUGGGGAAAGACGACGACUUCCACGCGGAGCUGGAGGCCCUGGACGGGGAGCUGGAUCCCGGGCUGCCCAGCACCGAGGACGUGAUCCUGAAGACGGAGCAGGUCACCAAGAACAUCCAGGAGCUGCUGCGGGCCGCCCAGGAGUUCAAGCAUGACAGCUUCGUGCCCUGCUCCGAGAAGAUCCACUCCGCCGUCACCGAGAUGGCCUCGCUCUUCCCCAAGAAGCCAGCCCUGGAGACGGUGCGCAGCUCCCUGCGGCUGCUCAACGCCAGUGCCUACCGGCUGCAGAGCGAGUGCCGCAAGACCAUGCCGCCGGAGCCUGGCGCGCCCGUGGACUACCAGCUCCUGACGCAGCAGGUCAUCCAGUGUGCCUACGACAUCGCCAAGGCCGCCAAGCAGCUGGUCACCAUCACCACCCGCGAGAAGAAGCAGUGAGGCCUGGUCCCCGCCUGGUGGCUCCCCCCCCCCCCCCCAACGGGCAGGACGUGGGGCCGGGGAAUAGCCAAUGCAAGUGUCCUUAGUCUGCCCAUGGGACCUGAGCACAUGCCAUUCCUGGUCCCCCGUGCUGCCAGCGUGGGGCUCCGGCAGUGCCCUCUCCCCCCACGCUGCCAGUGUCCUGGCGUGGCACUGGCCCAGCCUCCUCCCCCACACAGCAGCCCUAGGGACACUCCCCGAUGGAGCAGGUGCCAAUGCCCAGCCGCGUGGUGUGGCUGUGUGUGCCCCCCUGUACAUAGCCCCUCAUUCUGUUCUCCCAGCCCCACCCGCCAUCAGCCAAGGAACCACUAACUGGGCAGCGGGGAGCCCUCGGCCCUCUCCCCCGCCCCACGUGUGUAGCUGUCUGUGGUGGGCAGAGCUGCCACCCCCAUAGCGGUCUCAGCCCGCAGCAUUACACUGGACCCGGAGCCCGGCCAUGGCUGGCGACCGGCAUGUUCCCCCUGUGUGUGAGUGUGAGCCCCCAGCCUCUCCCCAUGCACGGCUGCUCCGUGGCAGGCUCCUCGCCUCAUGCCCAGCCCCUGGGCCCUCCCCCACUGCCCCAGGAGCUGAGUCUGGAUUUCUCUCUACAGCCCAAGUCACAGUGCCAAGGGCCCCGGCUCCCCCGGCAGGCUCUGACCCUCGCCAGGAGCUGGGUGCCCGGGGAAGCCGUGGGGAAGGGGCGGAGAAGGGCCCAGGCUGGCUGGGGCCUGUACGGCCAGGUGUGUACUGUACAUUUGUAUCAAAUAAAGUUGUGACUGUG